AUGAUGGAUGGAGUGCGAACAAGACCAAGUAAGAAUACAAUUGACCAAGGUUGUGCAGAAGUAAAAGUUAAAUGUAAGAGCAGAAGGGGGACAACAGACCUGCAAGGAAACCGGGUCACUGGCGAAGGUGUGCCAAAGAUUGUCAAAGAAUAUGACCAAUUGAGCCAUCAACUUCGGGAACUUUCGGAGGCAGCACUUGAAAGCUUUUACAACCGCUCGAAAAGAGGCUAUCGCCAGUCCAUAUGGUGUGAGGCCUAA